UCGGCACUAUCGGUCUGUCUCUCUCUCGUCAAUGAACCGUCAUGGCCUCAACCGUUUCUUAUCAUUGGCGGCCUCGCAGUGUAGUGUGUGUGCACGCCCGUGUGUGUGUCUGCGUGUGCGUGUGACAAAAUAUUUUGUGCGAGCGGAGAGAAAAAUAAAAGCGACGGUAAUAAUAAUAGUAUUAUAAUAACGAAAAUAAUACGGCCACCGCCAAAUUGACAGAGACACGUCGCACACCGCCACCGCAGUGGUCGUCUAUCGUUUUACAUAGACCGUACUAACUACUUACCUAUUGGUUUUCGUAGCCCAAAUCUUUUUUUCCCCACCCUUCCCGUCUUGUGAGAAAUUUGCGCCGAACGAAAUAUUAUGUUGUCUUCGUCGUCGCUUGCCCACCGGUCUACCAGCCCUCAUCAUCGACUUUAAACCCUCUCGUCGCCGCCUGUUUGAGAUUUUUUCCCUCGCCACCAGGACCCGCCACCACCAAUCCCGGAAUGACCGCAUAGCAGUUGAAGCAGCUUUUGUAGAUCCUCUGAAGAGUUAUGUUAAACAGCUUGAGAGAUGGUCAAAUAAAUUAUGGAACUACAAAUUGUCCAUCUGCCCAUGUUCCGUCUCAUAAUGUCGCCUCAAUACACCAAAAUUCUCUUAUUUCGGCGGAACCUUCUACACCAGUCUAUCAGUGGAAUGCAAACCAUCGGCUUGAACAUUUGUACGGCUUUCAUUCCAGAUAUUAUAAUCUUGACUUUCCUACUCCAUACUCGCCAGCUACUAAUCAAUAUGUACCUACAAAUGUGUACGGACAGAAUUUGCCGCAAUGCUGUCAACCGUGUUGUCGGCUCAGGUCUCAAAACAUACCAAAAGCAUCCCCACCACAAGUGUUAUAUAACCCAAGACCAAUGCAACAAUUAAAUCGAUCUUAUAAAUCAAAAAAGACUUUGAAAACUCCGUGCUCCGAACAGUUCCUACCAUACAUUCCAAAUGAUUUACCAGUUAAAUACGAUACACAAAAUUGUUAUCAACAAAAAUAUAGUAGUUCAUAUUUAAACAAUACAAAUUAUUGUCCUCCAGCUAAUAACUUGUGGAUUCCACCUGCAGCCAAUCCUAAUUGGUCUAACGAAAGAUUACGACCUACUGGCCGUCAUACCGGGCCGGUGUCGCACGAUUUUAGUAGGGAAAAAAGUUAUCAAAGAUUACCAAACUAUCAAGGUAACCCUUAUUCAAAACCUACAAGUGCUACAAAUCAUAUACCUUAUAAUUACAUUCCACCUUUACCUGAUGUACAUGACUAUCGACCUCCAGUCUAUCAUAAUCCUUCAAAAAACAAUACGACUGAGUAUGUACCACACGAUCACAGUUCGAGAUUUCCUAUUUUAUCUCAAAACAUUCAAAAUCCGUCUUCAUUACAACAGUACUAUAAUAGUCAACCAGUGCCUUAUUCAGAUGUACAAAUACCUAGUGAAUCAUUUAAACCCCCUCAAAUUAUGACAAAAGAUACUUCAAAGAGUAAUUUAAACGUACGCGAGUUUUUGGCGACUUGGGAUGAAGGAGAAGAAGAAAUCGGUGAAAAAUCUUCUGAAACAGCAGAGCCCAUAGUGGUACUCGAUUGUAUGACACUUGAUGGAGAUGCAUUGACUAAAAUUCAAGAAAAACUAAAUGUAGUAUCCUACGAAAAUUUAGAAAAAGUACUUAAAGAAAAUCAAAAUCCAUUAGUUAUUACCGCUGAAACAAAUGAAAUUAAUUCUUUAAACAAUAAACCCAAACUACCUUCGAAAUCUAAUUUCGAACCCCUAGAUUACACUAAACGGGAAACUGGAAUCAUUAAACCAUUCAUUACUGAGAAAAAAAUAUCGCCUGAGUUAAAUUCUCAGUCUGAAAAAAGUUAUAGCGUUAAUUUUGAUGGAAUGGUUGCUUGGUACGGUAAAAAAAAUACAGAUAUUUCAUCUACAGAUCUCAUUGAAAGAUUAGCUGACAGGAUUUUUAAUUUGAGUAAAUCGCAAGAAAACGAAGGCGUAUCGUUUGGAACAGCAGCUUAUACAGGGCAAAUAACUCAAACAAAUCGGUCCAUUGAAAGUUGUGACAAAAAUACGUCAAAAUAUAUUCAAAGCCCACAAAUGUUUGACUUACAACAUCACGCCGAUAAAUGUAUUGAACCUCCUACCAUGAAUAAACUCAAUUGUAAUAAGGAUUCUAUUCCCAAAGUACAUUCUUUUGUCUUCAAUGAAAGUAACAAAGCAUCAACUAUAAAAUCAAAAAAUGUGAACUCCUCGUGCAUUGUGGAAAAUAUAACAAAAAAAUGUUUAAAUGUUACCAAUGAAGAAACGUCGCCAUGGCAUUUAGACCAAGGUGUCCACGAACAGCAUUUGAAUACAUCUUUGUACGACCAUAGUGUUAUUAUGAAACCUCUCGACUUUUCUUCCCUAACCGAUGAAACUAAAGGCAACCCUUUCGUGUUUGAAAAGAUUACGUCAAGUGACAAUAAACCAAAUGGCAGCAUCAAUAACCAGUGUAAUAAAGUAUUUAACCAAAACAAUAGUUAUAACUCUAUAGUUUCUAACAAUCAACAUUCAAUUCAACAAAUAGAUGCGAGCAAUAGAAAUUUUCCAGUUAUAGUAUCACCACAUAGACAAGAAUACAACGGAUUUCAUGAAAGUGUUAUACAGAGAACUGGUUGCGAUAAAAAUAAACACGAUAAAGUAUCAACACAAACUGAUUUUGAAAGCAUUAAUUGGAAUUUAUCCAACGAUCUCGAUAAAAUUAUGAAAAACACGAACAUGAUUAUGGAACCUUCUUGUUUAUAUGAAAGAAGUAAUUAUAAUAUUUUAGAUGGUAUGAAUUCAGAGAAAAACAUUUCUACUCGCUGGAAAGAUAAUGUACCAUGUGUGGACUUGACGGUAAACAGUAAAUCUAAUUCUCAUCAUGAUUCGUUUUUUGAUGGCUGGAGCUUUAUUGAAAGCUAUGAAAAUCAUUCUGGUAAAAAAAUAAUGAAUACGCCAUCUAAUGAUAAUUCCCACCACCAUCUAUUUCCGAACCAGAUGACUCCUUUGGAAGAAUCGACAAAAAAUAAUAAUAUUUCAAGUGAAAAUCAUACUAAUGAUACAUUGGUAGUCAAAGAAAUGCCUCCAUUUUCAAAAUCCAAUGAUUUAUUACCUUCUAAUCGACCAUCUCGAGAUGUUUUUAAUUUGAAUAACCGAAUACCUGAUUUCAGUGAUGGGUUUGAAUUGCCAGUUAUAAAUGAACCGCAAGAGUAUUUGCAAUUUAAAAAGGAUGACAAUGAACACCGGGCUGAUGGUUCAAUUUUUGAACAUCUAAAUGAAUCUAAGUGUAUAACAACAUUAAAUGAAACAUUAAAUUAUAGGAAUGAUCAGAAUAAACUGGAUUUUGUUGGUCUCCCAAGUUUUAAAGAAAAAGAACCUUUAGCGCCUGUUUCAGCACCCUCCAAACUUAAUAUUGUUAAACCUACUCUACGAGAUCCAAGCCAAAUAUAUACAGUCAUAAAACAGAAGCUAAAAUACGAUAAUACAUGUGUCGACAAUGAUAGUGUUGUAACAAAUACAACUGAAAACAAUUUGAAAGAAAAUCUUACGAACGCAUUCAACGUAACAGACUUAAAAUCUAAGUACAAUAGUGGUCAAUUAAAUCAAUUUGAUGUUUGGUCUGAAAAGUUUGUACUAAAAGGAAACUCAAAUAGUUCGUCUUGUGCAGUUGUUCAGUGUGAUGUAGAAAUUACACAAUUUAAGAGUACUCCCGAAAAUCGCAAUACAUUACCGAAGUCAAAUAAGGGUGAAAAUUAUCAGGAUAAAACCAUGAUAUUGCCAGGAAAUACAAAUUGUAAUUUAGCCGAUAGUAAAAUUAAUAUUAUCGAGAAUGAUAAAAUUAGCUCUAACGAUUUUCUUAAUUGUUUAGAAAGUUCGAAAACAAAUGACCAGAAAUAUCGAGAUGCGUUUGAUGAAUUUGAAACGUCGUUUGGGUUCGAUAUACAUUGUAAUAAUGAAUCUAAUAAAUCAUUCCAUGAAGAUAUUGUUCAUAAAUGUUUUGAAGAAAGGAUUAAUGAUCAAAUUGGAGAUCAAGAUAUAAAUGAAGUUGAGUCAAUUAACACUUCCGACACUAAUACAACAUCAUCAAACAAUACUCAGUUGCCUUUCCAGUGUGAUUUUCAAUCAAGUUUUUUGAUUAAAAACUAUUUUGAUGAAAACAAAAACAAAACAGCUGUCUUGGACCAACAAGAAACUAGUAGCCAUGAAAAAUCAGAUACAACAAUUUUUAAAUAUCACAAAGAAAAUGUACAAGAAUUUGAAUUGCAAAAUAAUGAAAAUAUUCAUUCAGUUAUAAAUUCUGUAAAAGACUCAGACUUCAACAUGGAUUGCCAUGUUAGACAAAUCCACAAUGCCAAUGAAAACAAUAAUUCAAAUUGUAUAAAUAAAGUCGAAUCCUACAAGCCUCAACACGAAAACACAAAAAAUAUUUGUAAAAUAUCAAGUAUAAAAAAUAAUAAUUUUGAUUAUUUAAAUAUAGAAGAUCGUAAUUUUGGGUUUAAUAAUAAUAAAAAAAGUAUUCUUGAAUCUGAAAUUUCUAAAGAAACUACCGUAGCUAAUAAUUCUAUUGAAACUGACAGCAUUAGCCAAAUAAAUUAUAAUGAUUUGAAUACUAACAAACGGUUUCAUAUUCGAAAAAAUUCAAAUGUUGAUUUUGAAUCAAAUAUUUUUGAAUUAAAUUCCAAAUCUACAAGUAAAGUUAUUCCAAUUGAAACUAAUAAAAAACACGAAUCAGAUAGAAACAAAGAUUGUUUUAAAUCAAAAUUGAAUUCUAACAUUGCAGAAGAAGUUGAACAUAAUAUCAAUAGAAAAAUUAUUUUUGAAUUAGAUAAUAAUAAUAGUGGUAUACAUAAUUUAGAAAAAAUGGAUGCAUUUGAUUUUAAUACAAGGAUUAUUCAAAAUUUAGGAAUAGAAUGUUCUUCUACUAAUAUCGAAAAACCAACAAGCUCAAAUGAAAUAUUUACGAAUGAAAGUCAAAUGAAAACUAACUGUGGAUUGGAAAUAAAUGACGAUAAAAACAAAGGUAAACUAGAAACAAAUUACAAAAACGCUCUAGAUAUUCAAGAAGAGUUACAAAUUGAAGAAACAUCAGACUUAAAUUGUAAUAAUGAUGCACAACGUCAUAAUUUAAUUGAAACUGAAAAUAUUAACCAUGAAAAUAAUGGGGACUGUGUUUUUGAAAUUGGUUGUAUUGUUAACAAUGUACAAGAUAAACUAAACCUUGAAAACCCAAAGACACAAACUAAUUUUGAUUAUCAAAAUAAAAACACUGAAAAUAAUAAUCUAAAUAAUUGUAAUACUGAAAGGAAUUUUAAUCGGAGUGAUAACUCAGAAGUUGAGAAUAUUUUUGAAAAUAUAUAUGAUAAUUUAUCGACUUUGAAUACUGAAAAAAAUGAUACUAAUAUAUUGGAAAAUUCUUGUCAAAGCGAUAUUGAAUGUGAUGUUUCUAAAAGUCAGGAAAUUACUGAAGAUCUAAAUUUAAAAAAUAACAACUCCUACGUUAUUGAUGAAAUUUGUAAAGGAACAAAUAUGGAGGUGCAUCGUGAUGCAUCUGACAAUCAAUUUAAAGAAACUGGUAGUGUUUUACUACAAGAACUUGUGAAUAAUUCGACUGAUCGUAUGACGACUGUUUCAGUUGAACACAAUGAAUCGAUUAAUGAUGAGAAAAGCAAACCAACGUUUAUAGAAUAUAGUACAGAUGAUUCGAAUAUGAAUAAAAACUCUGCUACGUCAGUAGAACAACACACUGAAGACAUUAAAGAAGGUGAUAUACAGUCAAAUAAUAAAAAUAAUUGGCAACCUAUAAAAAAAAUGAAGACAAACGCAAGUCAAGGUGAUGCUACAUUAAAUAUAUUUGAAAACUUAAGAUGUGAUAUAUUAAACACUGUAAAAAAUACAGACAAAAAAGAGUAUACCAAAAAUAAUUGUUCAGAAUCUAGUUCAUUCAAUUCGUUUGUAUUAAAUUCACAACAAAAUACUAAUGAAAUUUACGAAGUUGAAGAUUCUAUCAAUUCUGGAUCUUGUACAUUAAGUCAUGUUGAACUGAUCCACCAUCAAAAUUCUGAUGAGGUAAUCGAGAUUAAAGGUUUAAAUAGUUAUGGACCGAAUGUAUCAAAUUGCGGCGAGUCAAUAUCACAACAUCGUUCGGCGGAAACUGUUCAGGCUGUAGAUUUAACUAGUUAUAGACCGAACUUAUUUCAUUACGAUGAAUCAAUAUCCAUGCAUCGUUCAAAAGAAACUGUUGAUGCCGUAGAUUUAACUUGUUCUGGAUUCAGUUCAUUAAAUCAUGACGAACAACGGAUGGAAAUGUUAGUUGCUAAAAAUUCAAAUAAUCCUCAACUUAUUUCAGUAAACCAUGACGAAUCAACACCCCAACAGAAUUCAAAUGAAAUGUACGAGAUUGAAGAUUCGAUUACUCCUAGACUUUGUUCAUUAAGUCACACUGAUUUAAUAAACAAUCAAAAUUCAAAUGCUGUUGACGAAAUCGACGAUUCAAUUAAAUGCGAAUCUAAAUUAUUAAAUAAUGAAUUAACAUUCCAAAAAUAUUCCGAUGAAAUGGUUGAGAUUGACUCAGUUAGUUCAUUAAAACAUGACGAAUUAAAUUACCAUAAACAUUUAAUUGAAAUUAAUGAGGUUGAAGAUUCAAUUAGUUCUGGACCUAAUUCAAUAAAUCAAGACGAAUUAAAAUGUCAACAGAAUUCAAAUUCAAUUUACGAGUCUGAAGAUUUGACUAGUUCUGAAUCUUAUUCAAUAAAUCGUGAUGAAUCAGAAUUUCAACAAAAUGCAAAUGAAAAUUACGAAACUGGAGAUUUUACUAGAUCUAGACCUAGUACAAUAAACCAAGGUGAAUUAAAAUACCAUCAAAAUGUAACAGAAAUUAAAGAGGUUGAAGAUUCAAUUAGUUCUGCAUCUAGUUCAACAAAUCAAGAUGAAUUAGACUUUCAAGAAAAUUCGAAUGAAACUGACGUGGCUAAUGAUUUACAUACACCUGGACCUAGUCCAAUAAAUCAAGACAAAUUAGAAUUUCAACAGAGUUCAAAUGAAAUUUACAUGGUUAAAGAGUUUACUAGAUCUAGACCUAGUUCAAUAAACCAAGGUGAAUUAAUAUACCAUCAAAAUGUAAAUGAAAUAUACGAGGUUGAAGAUUCAACUAGAUCUAGACCUAGUUUAAAAAAUCAAGACGAAUUAGAACUUCAACAAAAUUCAAAUGAAAUUUACGAGUCUGAAGAUUUGACUAGUUCUGAAUCUUGUUCAAUAAAUCGAGAUGAAUUAGAAUUUCAACAAAAUGCAAAUGAAAAUUACGAAGCUAGAGAUUUUACUAGAUCUAGACCUAGUACAAUAAACCAAGGUGAAUUAAAAUACCAUCAAAAUGUAACAGAAAUUAAAGAGGUUGAAGAUUCAAUUAGUUCUGCAUCUAGUUCAACAAAUCAAGAUGAAUUAGACUUUCAAGAAAAUUCGAAUGAAACUGACGUGGCUAAUGAUUUACAUACACCUGGACCUAGUCCAAUAAAUCAAGACAAAUUAGAAUUUCAACAGAAUUCAAAUGAAACUUGCAAGGUUGAAGAGUUUACUAGAUCUAGACCUAGUUCAAUAAACCAAGGUGAAUUAUUAUACCAUCAAAAUGUAAAUGAAAUAUAUGAAGUUCGAAGAUUCAACUAGUUCUGGACCUAGUCCAAUAAAUCUAGAUAAAUUAGAAUUUCAACAGAAUUCAAAUGCAAUUUAUGAGUCUGAAGAUUUGAUUAGUUCUGGAUCUUGUUCAAUAAAUCGAGAUGAAUUAGAAUUACAACCGAAUUCAAAUGAA